AUGCGAGUCACCAAGGCGCUGACGAUGCUUGACCCGUUCCAGCAGCACUACGGCAAGUGGAUAUCCAUCAUCCUCACUGUGCCCGCCGUCUUUUCAGAGGUCUUCUGGUCCGCCUCCGUACUUACUGCUCUGGGUGACACUGUGGAGACCAUUGUGCACCUGAACAGUCACUUGAUCAUCAUCGCGUCUGCCCUGGUUAUCCUCUUCUACACGGCACUGGGUGGCCUCUACUCGGUCAUCUACACAGACGUGUUCCAGAUGUUCAGCACAGUGAUCGGCCUGUGGACGUGCGUGCCGUACGUGGUGAUGAGCAAGGCCACCGGGAAGAUUGGUCCACCCGAUAACGACUGGAUAGGCGUGAUCGACGCCAAAGAUGCGAGCCAAGUGGUCGACAAACUGUUUAUGAACAUCUUUGGAGGCAUUCCAUGGCAGGCGUACUUCCAACGGGUGCUGAGCACAGACUCCAUAUUUGGUGCCAAGAUGCUUUCAUACCUCUCUGCCAUGUGCUGCCUUUUCGUCACCAUUCCGUCGAUCGUCGUCGGAGCUGUUGCCAAAUCUACGAACUUCACGGCCUUGGGCUACAGCGGCGCACACAACCUGUCCAAGGAACUCAGCAAGGACAUUCUGCCGCAAGCGAUGCACUACAUGACGCCAUCCGUGGUAGCCAUCCUGGGACAGCUCGCCAUCACUGCCUCUGUGAUGUCUUCGAUGGACUCGUCCAUGCUCAGUGCUUCGUCGCUCAUCACAAGAAACGUCUACCAUUUCAUCAUCAGACCCACGGCUUCCGACACGGAGAUCUCGCUGGUGCUGCGCGGCAUGAUUUGGGUAGUGGGGGUGAUAGCAACGGCCACAGCAAUCAGCGCGCGCUCGGUGCUCGGGCUGUGGACGCUUUCCUCAGACAUGGUCUACGUGCUUCUGUUCCCACAGUUCGUCGCGCUCUUCUACCUAAGGAAACGGAGCAAUGCCUACGGCGCUGUCCUCGGCUUCGUGGUGGGCGUUAUAUCGCGGACCCUGUGCGGAGAGCCCUUGCUUCAGCUGCCGGCGCUCAUCCAGCUGCCCUUUUACGAAGCCGAACGAGGCCAGCAGUUCCCGUUCCGCACCAUGUGCAUGCUGCUGAGCCUCACCAGCCUCCUGCUUGGCUCGGCGAUCGCCAAGACCCUCUUUCGAGCGGGGGUCUUGCCUGACGUGUGCCGCUCGUUUGUCGAGCCCGAGAAACGGCAGCACGACGAAAGCCCCAGCGCCGCUGCUGCUCCAGCCACAGACGCGGUCCCAGAGGCCGCCUCCACCACCGUCGCCUCCCCACCCUCACCGGUCCUCAGCCCGUCGAGCGACGCGUUGUCUGGGCCCGCUACAUCAGGCGCGACUACUGUGGCACCCGAAGAGUUAGCGGAGCAGAAGCACUGGCCAGUGGCACCAGAAACAGCGGCGACAUCGCCAACGAGAGAGGCCCAUGCGAGCAGCAGCGUGAUCGGCAACCACGGAAACCACAAAAAGGGCAAGGGUCAGAAGUCGAAGAAGAAGCGGAAGUAG